UCGCUCCGCCGUCCACGAGCGCACCAUGCCGCCGUCACUCCCGCCUCCGCCGCUGAUCGACGACCUCAUCCACGAGAUCUUCCUCCGCCUCCCGCCGGACGAGCCCGAGCACCUCUUCCGCGCCGCCCUCGUCUGCAAGACGUGGCUCCGCAUCCUCUGCGACCCCGGCUUCCUCCGCCGCUACCGCACCUUCCACGGCACCCCUCCCCUCCUCGGCCUCCUCCACAGGCUCCAGGUCCUCGAAGGACGCCCCGCGCGUCGCUUCGCCUCCACCACAUCGGUGCCGGACUUCCCCCACCCGAGCUCCGGCGACCCCUGGGAGCGCGCCCUCGACUGCCGCCACGGCCGCGUCCUCAUCUAUAUGAGGACGGACGAAAAUGCGGACUACCUCGUCUGGGAUCCCGUCACGGGCGAGCGCCACGGUGUGCCCUCGCCGGACAUCGAUUGGCUGAUCGAAUCUGCGGUGGUGCUCUGCGCCGCCGACGGCUGCGACCACCUCGACUGCCACGGCGGCCCCUUCCGCGUGGUCUUCGCGGCCACCCACGACUACAAAGAUACUCCCUCUGUAAACUAA